AUGCGGAAGAAUCUGAAUCCACAUUUUCUCAAGAAUUUUCUCUCUCUACUCUCCCUCUCUCUCUCUCUCUCUCUCUCUCUCUCUCUAUAUUAUCCACAAUCUCAAUUCGAUUUGGCCUCUCCUUAAAACUACCAGAUUUUUGUUGAUUGGAUCAUUGGAGAGCGAAAGGGAGGGAUGGAAAUUAAGUAAUAUAUUUUAAUUUUCUGAAGGAUUUUGAUUUUUGUGAGGCAGAGAGCGCAGAACAGAGUAUCCGUACAAGCAAGGAAACCAUUUGGUUGUCUAUCUGAAACACUUGAACACUGCCAGCACUUCAAAUUCAAUGGCUCUUCUUCAGCUCAUUCCGUCUUCUUCGUGUUCUUCUUCUUCUUCGUCUCUAUCCCAUAAACCCAUUUUAAACCCCAAUACCAUUUCCUCUACCUUAAGCUCCAGCCCUAGAUUCUUUUCUCCGGCUGUAGCCCUUCGCCACCGCCGCCACAAGUCCAAUACGCUCAAGUGUUCUGCUUCGUCUUUCCCGGAAAAACAUCACACUGGCUCUCCGAAAUCUGAUGAUGUCGUCGAGCUUCCGCUAUUUCCUCUUCCUCUUGUUCUCUUCCCUGGAGCUAUUCUUCCUUUGCAGAUCUUUGAGUUUCGCUACCGGAUGAUGAUGCACACUCUGCUCCAAACCGAUCUUCGAUUCGGAGUUAUUUAUACGGAUGCUGUUUCCGGAACGACGGAUGUUGGAUGCGUUGGUGAGGUUGUCAAACAUGAGCGACUCGUUGACGAUCGAUUCUUCCUUAUCUGUAAGGGGCAAGAGCGGUUCAGAGUUACUAAUCUUGUUCGGACCAAACCGUACCUCGUCGCCGAAGUUACGUGGCUCGAGGACCGCCCGUCCAGCAGUGGAGAAGAGGAUUUGGAUGCCUUGGCAAACGAGGUGGAAUCGUAUAUGAAGGACGUGAUUCGAUUGUCGAACCGGCUGAGUGGGAAGCCGGAGAAAGAGGUUCAGGAUUUGAGAAGGAAUUUAUUCCCGACUCCUUUCUCGUUCUUCGUCGGAAGUACUUUCGAAGGUGCGCCGAGAGAGCAGCAGGCGUUGCUCGAAUUGGAGGAUACGGCGGCGAGGUUGAAAAGGGAGAAGGAGACAUUGAGAAACACUCUUAAUUACUUGACUGCCGCUUCUGCUGUUAAGGAUGUGUUCCCGUCCAACAGUUAAAAAGCAAGUCUCUGAGAAAUGUCUGUGGAAACUGGAACGAGAUGAAGCUAUAUUGUUGAAGUACAAGGAAGCAAGUUGAAGGUCUAUGGCUCUCAAAGCUAAACAUCUCAAAAUAUUCCCACUAAGAUCAGAUUCAGAUCUUAUUCUUCGAAUGUAUGGAAGGAUUUGUUAUGCUUGUGAUAGCUAAAUUAGCCUUCUUUUGUUGGGU